ACAAGAAGGGAAGAGGGGGAAGGCUUCCCUUUGCCAGGCUCGCCCGGGUCUGCAGGCGCUGCUAGAAGCAGCGGCGUCUCCAGCUCCUGGCUACUGUUGCCGCUGCUGCUGUGUUCUACAGCUAGAGAUGCUUCUCAGUGCCGCGCCGCGCUGAGGCCAAGCCAGCACCCGGGGCUGUGCUCCACUCCGCAUAUCCUUGAUCUCAGCCUGGGAACUGACAGCCUACUGGAAACCCCUCUGAGUCGCGCUGCACAGUGGCCACCCUAGCCCUCGCCCGCAGUGGCAACAGCGGCAUCGCUGGACACAUAGCUCUCCGGUUCUCUCCUGCAGGCUCAGUGCUCUCCAGAUUUCCCCAACGCGUCCUUUGGUGAUUUUUUUUUUUUCCCCAGAGAGGAGGGCGGGGUAGGUGUCAGUCUCCUCCUCUCUCUCACCCCUCCUAUUUCUUCUCGGUUUGAAUUUCUUCCCCUGGCAUUUCACUGGCUCUCAGAGCAAGAGACCAGACCCACAGAGAGGGGAAAGCAAGGCUGCGCCUCCCCUGCUGCUGCCAUCCAGAACUGGAACUGGAGAGGGUGAGGGGAGAGGAAACGAAGCAGGAGGAGCUUGGCUUCCUCUUGCAUCUGAGGACAGACCAGCUCCUUUCAGGAACCCCACGGAGAAGCGGACUGCAUCUCCGCAGCGAGCUUUUGGAGUACUGCUGGCCCGGAGGCGAAGGAUGGUGGUGUCCCUGAGAGCAGGCUGCAGGGCAGCGCUCUUGCUCUGGAUUCUCAGCAGCUUCAUCUGCAGAGCCUGGAUGGCUCCCUCCACGUUUCAAAAGUGUGAUGAACCACUCAUCUCUGGGCUUUCCCACAUGUUCUUCAGCAGCUCCUCCUCCCUGUCCAAUAGCUAUUCGCCUGGCUAUGCCAAGAUCAACAAACGAGGAGGUGCUGGGGGAUGGUCACCAUCAGACAGUGACCACUAUCAAUGGCUUCAGGUUGAUUUUGGCAAUCGGAAGCAGAUCAGUGCCAUUGCAACCCAAGGAAGGUAUAGCAGUUCUGAUUGGGUGACACAGUAUCGGAUGCUCUACAGUGACACUGGGAGAAACUGGAAGCCCUAUCAUCAAGAUGGGAAUAUCUGGGCUUUUCCUGGAAACGUCAAUUCUGACAGUGUGGUCCGACAUGACCUGCAGCAUGCCAUUGUUGCCCGGUAUGUCCGCAUCGUGCCCCUGGACUGGAAUGGAGAAGGCCACAUAGGACUGCGAGCAGAAGUCUACGGCUGCUCUUACUGGGCUGAUGUUAUCAACUUUGAUGGCCAUGUUGUGUUACCGUACCGCUUCAGAAACAAGAAGAUGAAAACACUCAAAGAUGUCAUUGCUUUGAAAUUCAAGACCUCGGAAAGUGAAGGAGUACUCCUGCAUGGUGAAGGGCAGCAAGGGGAUUACAUAACGUUGGAACUGAAAAAAGCCAAGCUGGUCCUCAGUUUAAAUCUAGGAAGCAACCAGCUUGGCCCCAUCUAUGGCCACACAUCCGUGACAUCAGGGAGCCUACUGGAUGAUCACCACUGGCACUCUGUACUCAUUGAGCGCCAGGGACGGAGUAUUAACCUGACAUUGGACAGGAGCAUGCAGCAUUUCCGCACCAAUGGAGAAUUUGACUACCUGGACUUGGACUAUGAGAUAACGUUUGGAGGCAUACCUUUCUCUGGAAAGCCAAGUUCCAAUAAUCGGAAGAAUUUUAAGGGUUGCAUGGAAAGCGUUAACUACAAUGGCGUCAACAUCACUGAUCUUGCACGGAGGAAGAAAUUAGAGCCAUCAAAUGUGGGGAAUCUGAGUUUCUCUUGUGUGGAACCCUACACUGUACCAGUCUUCUUCAAUGCUACAAGCUACCUGGAGGUGCCUGGCAGACUUAAUCAGGACCUGUUCUCGGUCAGUUUCCAGUUCAGGACUUGGAACCCCAGUGGUCUCCUGCUCUUCAGUCAAUUUGCAGAUAACUUAGGUAAUGUGGAGAUUGACCUUGUGGAGAGCAAAGUGAGCGUCCACAUCAACACCACACAGAGCAAGACAAGCCAAAUCGACAUCUCCUCAGGCUCUGGGCUGAAUGAUGGGCAGUGGCAUGAGGUUCGCUUCCUGGCCAAGGAAAACUUUGCAGUUCUCACCAUUGAUGGGGACGAAGCAUCGGCAGUUCGCACCAACAGUCCUCUGCAAGUGAAGACUGGCGAGAAGUACUUCUUGGGAGGAUUUUUGAAUCACAUGAACAAUGCCAGUCACUCUGUCCUUCAACCAUCAUUCCAAGGAUGCAUGCAGCUCAUCCAGAUAGAUGAUCAGCUUGUAGAUUUGAAUGAAGUGGCACAGAGGAAGCCAGGAAGCUUUGCAAAUGUCACCAUUGACAUGUGUGCCAUCAUAGACAGAUGUGUGCCCAAUCACUGUGAGCAUGGUGGGAAGUGCUCGCAAACAUGGGACAGCUUCAAAUGCACUUGUGAUGAGACAGGAUACAGCGGGGCCACCUGCCACAACUCCAUCUACGAACCCUCCUGUGAAGCAUACAAACACCUUGGCCAGACGUCGAAUUACUACUGGAUAGAUCCCGAUGGCAGCGGACCUCUGGGGCCUCUGAAGGUUUAUUGCAACAUGACAGAGGACAAGGUGUGGACCAUAGUGUCUCACGACUUACAGAUGCAGACGACAGUGGUAGGCUACAGCCCAGAAAAGUAUUCAGUGACACAGCUCAUCUACAGUGCCUCCAUGGACCAGAUCAGUGCCAUCACCAGCAGCGCUGAAUACUGCGAACAGUAUGUCUCCUACUUCUGCAGGAUGUCCAGGUUGUUGAACACCCCAGAUGGAAGUCCUUACACGUGGUGGGUUGGCAAAGCCAACGAGAAGCACUACUACUGGGGCGGCUCAGAGCCUGGAAUUCAGAAGUGUGCCUGCGGCAUCGAGCGCAACUGCACAGACCCCAAGUACUACUGCAACUGUGAUGCGGACUACAAGCAGUGGAGGAAGGAUGCUGGCUUCUUAUCCUACAAAGAUCACCUGCCAGUAAGCCAGGUGGUGGUUGGAGAUACUGACCGACAAGGCUCAGAAGCCAAGCUGAGCGUGGGUCCUCUGCGCUGCCAAGGAGACAGAAAUUAUUGGAACGCUGCCUCCUUCCCAAAUCCUUCAUCCUACCUGCACUUCUCUACCUUCCAAGGAGAAACCAGUGCUGACAUUUCUUUCUACUUCAAGACGUUAAUCCCUCGAGGAGUGUUUCUGGAAAAUCUGGGGAACACAGACUUCAUCAAACUGGAGCUGAAGUCUGCCACAGAAGUGUCCUUUUCAUUUGAUGUUGGAAACGGGCCAGUGGAGAUUGUGGUGAGGUCGCCUUCCCCUCUCAAUGAUGACCAGUGGCAUCGGGUCACUGCAGAGAGGAAUGUCAAGCAAGCCAGUCUCCAGGUGGAUCGCCUGCCCCAGCAGAUCCGAAAGGCCCCAACAGAAGGUCACACCCGCCUGGAACUCUACAGCCAGCUGUUUGUUGGUGGUGCCGGCGGCCAGCAGGGUUUCCUGGGCUGCAUUCGCUCCUUAAGGAUGAAUGGAGUGACCCUUGACUUGGAAGAAAGGGCAAAGGUCACAUCCGGAUUCAAAUCUGGAUGCUCAGGCCACUGCACCAGCUACGGGGCCAACUGUGAAAAUGGGGGCAAAUGCAUCGAGAAAUACCACGGCUAUUCCUGUGACUGCUCUAACACAGCCUACGACGGGACAUUCUGCAACAAAGAUGUUGGUGCCUUUUUUGAAGAGGGCAUGUGGCUGCGUUAUAACUUCCAGGCACCGGUGGUCACUGCAAGAGACUCAGGCGGUAGGGCUGAGAAUUCUGCAGAGCAGCAGCCCUCAUCUCCAGACCUGGCCCAGGAGCAGAUCUACUUCAGCUUCAGCACCACCAAGGCUCCCUGCAUCCUUCUCUACGUCAGCUCCCUCACCACUGACUUCUUAGCUGUGCUGGUCAAGCCCACAGGAAACUUGCAGAUCCGGUACAACCUGGGAGGAACCAAAGAGCCGUACAAUAUCGACGUGGACCACAGGAGCAUAGCCAAUGGACAACCCCACAGUGUCAACAUCACCCGGCACGAGAAGACCAUAAUCCUCAAGCUCGACCACUAUCCCUCCAAGAGUUACCAUCUGCCCAGCUCCUCGGACACGCUCUUCAAUUCUCCCAAGUCGCUCUUCCUUGGAAAAGUUAUAGAAACGGGGAAAAUCGACCAAGAAAUUCACAAGUACAACACCCCAGGCUUCACAGGCUGCCUGUCCAGAGUCCAGUUCAACCACAUCGCCCCCCUCAAAGCAGCCUUGAGACAGACAAACACCUCAGCCCACGUGCACAUUCAGGGCGAGCUGGUGGAGUCCAACUGUGGGGCCUCCCCACUGACACUGUCCCCCAUGUCUUCGGCCACUGACCCUUGGCACCUCGAUCACUUGGAUUCAGCCAGUGCUGAUUUCCCAUACAACCCAGGACAAGGCCAAGCUAUAAGAAACGGAGUCAACAGGAACUCAGCUAUCAUCGGAGGGGUCAUCGCUGUGGUGAUUUUCACCAUCCUCUGCACCCUGGUCUUCCUCAUCCGGUACAUGUUCCGUCACAAGGGCACCUACCACACCAACGAGGCCAAGGGAGCUGAGUCAGCCGAGAGCGCAGAUGCUGCCAUCAUGAACAACGACCCCAACUUCACAGAGACCAUUGAUGAGAGCAAAAAAGAGUGGCUCAUUUGAGGGGUGGCUUUUCAGCCACGGGCUAGGGAGGGGGUUAAGGGAGGAGGGAGAGGGACAAGAGCACCCUGUGUCACACCCCUGAGCACACGCUUACAGUAUCAGCACAAGCUGGGGAAGGCAAGCAACCCAAUAUUCUUAAGACUGAUGGCCACACAAAAAUAUACUUUUUAAUAUUUCUUUAUAGCUGAGUUCCCCCUUCUGUAUUAAAAGAAAAUAAUACAAAAAUGCUUUUAGAGUUUAAGCAACAGUUGGAAUUUGUAGGUAAUAUCUGUCUUAUUUUGUGUGUGUUUAGAGGUGUUCUAAAAUCCCGUGGUAACAGGGCAAGUUUUCUACAUUUUUAAGAGCCCUUAGAAUGUGGGUAUUUUUUCCUCAAGAAAAACUGAUACGCAUCCAUACAGCUUAUGACAUUCUCUUCCUUUUGCAUCUAGUCGACUUUUAAUGGGCUGUUGUAGCUAUUAGUUUGUGUCCAGAUAAUAUUUCUUUUGGUGUCCCAUAAAACGGAAAUGAGAAAGAAAAAAUGGGCAAAGAGCCUAUUUGCCAGUCUUCAAAGACACCUCGAUCUAGGCCAGUUUUCUGAUGGCCCCUGUCUGUCAUUAGCUGGUGAAGGAAGAGGAAGCAGCUCCUGUCCUGCAACAAUGUAACCAACACAAGUGGAGACAAGCAUCCAAGAAUCUGGCAAAGAAAGGCAUACUGGGUUUAUUGCUUCUGUUUUCCAUUGACUUCUACAUAAUAAUGUCCCAUGGAUGUAGUCUUAGGCCUCUUUAAUGUCUGUAACUAUCAGCUAUAAACCAUGGUGAGCAACUGUUACAGGACUUCUCUGUUUUAACUUUAACUUAUCGGACUGUAUGUGUAUACACGCCUCAAUGGGGAAUUAGAGCCAGAGGGAAUGUCUUCUUUGCUCUGUUUCUUUUAUAUUUAUAAGGAAAAUAUGGACACUUUCUAGUGAAUGCAUAAAUUAGUGUGCUUUUUUUUUCGCUCUAAACUUCAAGUUUUUACACCGCUGUGAUAAAAUCCUAGCAGAUAGCACCCUCUUGAUUGCACAAUACAAUAAAGCCAAGUUACAACAGCUGUUACUCUGGAAUCAUGUGGGAAACACUGCCAUACCUCAAACCAACUCCACCGCAGAAACCUGUCAUGAGACAGAGCUCUGUGACAGACACAUCAGAGUGUACAGUCGCCACCAACCUGACCAUCAAUCACACUUCUCUUUAAAAGACUCCGGUUGUCUAGUAGAUUACAUAUCUUAGGGCUAUCAGGAAUUUUGAGCCAUUUGCUCCAAAAAUAACACUUGAUUUUAUGUUUUUUUUUAAAAAAAGUAGAUUUUGUGUAAGAAAUCGGGAGCGAUUCUUCCUAUUAGAGCACCCAAAAAUAAUUUAAUUAAAUAAUUUUUUAAUUAUACAAAAGUUUCUUGAAUGACUACCAUUUAUAAUUGUAAUAUGUAGGCCCUCUUAUACUUUAAAACCUCUUUUUAAAAAUUUUAUAGGCUCCAACAUUUGAGGAAUUAAACGUGAUGAUUCUUCAUUUCUGCUCUUAGAAGGGCAGAGAGCUUAAAGUGGUAUAGACGCCGCUUCUCUGAUGGUCUGUCUCAGUGAGGUGCUAGUUCCAGUAGUUGGGAUUUUAUGCACACACUUUCAAGGUUCUCCGAAAACUCAAAUUAUUGGAGGAUCUAAAUUUCUUAAGUAAUGGUAAACCUUAUCCCGAGCUGCUUAUUGCUCCAACUUACAAUGCACUCCUAAAGGAGGUAAGGGGUGGGCCCACUCCCCUUCAGUCACAGAAACAGAAUAUAAAGGAAUCCUGAGACCUCUUUCAAUUGCAGGCAGACCUCAGAAAGGCCCACGUACACUCUUACUUGUCAAGUCUUGCAAAUUCUUUCAUAAAGCAUUAAAUGGUUUUGUUUAAUAGGACAAAAUGCCAGAACAAUGUUAACAAUUACAUUUGAGAGCCAAGUUCAUUUUAUUUCACCAAGAUACCUGACCAUGAAGCAUUGUUUUUCAUAUUUUCAAAUUGAAAAGGCAAAUGUUUACCAUUAUGACUUAGAAGUGUUUCUGAUUUUAUUUUUUUAGAACUUAUUUUACAGGUAUUACUUUUGUACUUAACAAAUGAUGCCAGGUGGAAAGUUUUUCUUUCUGACAUUCCCCAAGAUAAUUGUGUUCAUUUUGUAUUAGCUCAGCACUUUCCUUCCCCAAAUGAUUAGCAAGCAAAACCAUCGGGACAGUCCCCAGUAUUAGAGUGUCCUCAUCUGGCCCUUCUCUUCACUGUUUCCUUCCCUUGCUCCCACCACAGAAAGCAAACACUAGGGUCCAACCUGUCUCACAUAUCAGCACAGCUGGGGUUCUGAAUGACACUGUCCUCAUUUAAGACACAAGGAGAGAGCCGACACAGUCUCUCCUAAGGCAGUUACAAUACACCUGGCAGACAGGAACCAGAGGCGGGUGAAGCAGCAAGUCACUAAAUUAGUUACUAAGUGAGUCCUGAAGUCUUGACCUCUUCUUGGAAUUAUGUCCUUAAUCCAAAUCCCCACAUCUAUGCAUGGCAGACAUAGCCAGUGUGUUCUGAAUGGUAAAUAAUUUCUCGUCUGAAGAAAAAGAAGUGAUUCUCUGUUCUAGUUCCCUCCCUUGACAGUUUGGCAUGAGACUGCUUCAAGUCAUGCUAUAACCCGAAUUUUGCCUAACCCCACUACCAACCAUCUGGACAUUUUAUAGUCAAUACAUCAUCAACCAAGCACAGACCAGUGGAAGCUCCUUUAAGCAAUAAGACUAUAUAAACCAAACAAAACCCAAACACUGUGCCAAAGGACUAAGACACACUGGUACAAGCCUGAAAUCCCAGCAUGGAGAGACCAAGGUAGGAGGAUAAUGAGUUCAGGGUCAGCCUGGGCUGUAUAGCAAGUUCUGGCUAGCCUGUACUGCCUAGUGAAACCAUUCUCAAAAAAAAAAAAGUUCUAAAUAAAUGAAGCUUCAGAGAACAUUGGUGACUGGAGGGUUGUGCGUGCAUGAACUGCCUUUGCAUCUAAAUCAAAUAUCUGUGUUUUUCAAGAAGCUAAGAAAGACGCUGACUGAAUGCAAAAUCAGUGGCAUUCUCUACUCCCAAAAUAGCAUAUUCUCUGGGGCACAGAGACACUAAUUCAGGACAUCAAAAAUUUCAUGGUUGAAUUUUCCCUGGGCCUUCUUAAUAUGUAAGAAUGCAUUUCCUCAUUCUUAUCUACCAACAGUUUAAAAAUAGGAAGGCUUGUGAAUUGUUUUAACUGAAGAUCUGGGAACAAGAGUUAAGAAGACUUUUGUUAGAAAUUUCCCUACUGAUCAGCAUCAGAAGAGAAAGAACUCCUCCCCAAAGGAGCAGGAAUUCAAAGGUAACAGCAGCAGCAGCAAUAGUCCCACCAUGACCAGUGAGUAGAUCCUAACCCUGUUGUUGCACAUGGCAGGAGAGCACCAGGUACUCCUGUAAGCCUGGCCAGACAACAGCCUUGUACAGCAGAAAGUACUGCUGGGAGAAGCCAACAGGCACUGCUCCAACCACACCAGGGUUCAGGGAGUGAGAAGAUACACUAACUUCUUCAAUUCCAGCCAAUGGGUCUGGCUCCCACCUCACCAGGGUUCAGGGAGUGAGAAGAUACACUAACUGUUCUCUGUGUUUGCUCCACUUGUUACUGUUUUCUCCUCUCCUUGCUGUGCCCUUUCUUAAGGAGAGAAUCUCCUUUUACAUCUCAUACUUCUAAACAAUGCCUGAUUUGAACUCUUUUUCCCCCUUUUGCUAUGCUGUCAAGCACCUUUUUAAAAAAAGUUUAGCUAGCAGUUUUGUAUGGCAAGUGCUUUUACCUGCAGAGUCAUCUUGACAGUCUGAGAUUCUUUUUGCUUGUUCUUUUGGAUAUAGCGUCUCAUGUUGCCCACCCAGGCUUUGAACUCAUUAUGUAGCUGGGACUGGCUUUAAGUUUCUGAUGUCUUGGCUAUAAAUUCUGGAUUAUAGGUGUAUGUUGCUAUGCCUGGAUACAUUUUGAGAUCUACGAGCUGACUCUCAGGGGUCCCACUCACUAAAACAUCAUCUAAAAAAGAUGCCCUUGCUUUUAGCCAAAAAUUAGUGAGAUGCAUGGUUGCUGUUCCUCAAGUCAGGGUUGAGUGGCUCACCAGGAAGAACACUUUGGAAACUAUUUUUUUGUUGUUGUUGUUUUUUGUUUUUUUGAAACAGGGUUUCUCUGUGGCUUUGGAGCCUGUCCUGGAACUAGCUCUUGUAGACCAGGCUGGUCUCGAACUCACAGAGAUCCGCCUGCCUCUGCCUCCCGAGUGCUGGGAUUAAAGGCGUGCGCCACCAUCGCCCGGCUUUCGGAAACUAUUAUUGGUUGGAUAAGUCAAACUCAGCUUAGUAAAUGUCAAACAAAACUGGCAAUCCAAGUCCAAUCCACGGAUCCUACAGUGGAAGGAAAGAACUGACUUCAUACAAGCUGUCCUCUGACCCCUACACCUACACACACUCACACACAUGAGCAUGCACGUGCGCACGCACGCACACGCACACACACACACACAGACACACACAGGCACCAUAAAUAAAAUUUAGCAAGAAUUCCCACCCUUUCUCCUUCCUAGACUUGCUAGGUGAUCCUGGCCAUACCCUUGAACUUCUGUCCAUCCUUCUCCAGUGUUUGAUGUGGAGUUGCUUUAUCCACGUCGAAAGACAAUUGUGAACAUGAUGAAUUCUCGACUAUGCAACCCUUUGAUGCCCAAAUAUAAAUUCCAAGGUCAAAGGAGCCUCAUUUGACUUGUGGGUAUAAGCUGCAUUUAAAAAGUACUAUAGAAACCAUGUAGCCAUGCACAUGCCUGGCGACUUAAGGGACAUUGCUGAAUCAUUGCUGAAUUAUGAUUCAGAAAGACCUCAGGCAGCUAGGCUGUCAACAGAGGGAAGUGGAACCCAGCGGAAACCUAGAGAAACUGGAAAUUUUAAUGUAAAUCCCUGAAUCCUCACCUGGCGGUGACCUGUGGCUCACAGUAUACAGUCUCAGGCAGCCAGUAAAUGUAGCUGGACUGGCUUACAAAUCAGCCGCACACAAAAACGGUGUGCUAUAGAGGCCCUGCACCUCUGCACUACACUCCCACUCGCGGCAAUGUCGGAAACUUUAAAGAGCAUUUCUCUCACCACAGUAUUAUUUUCCUCUCAUCUGUAAAAUCACUGUCAGUUAAACAGAGAAAUUAUGUUCAAAAGUUGAGUAAAGACUGGAAGAAGGGAAUAAAGACCGGGCCCCCCGAGUGUUCGCACGCAGCGCCCAUUCGCAAGUCUCUGGUCCAGAUGGAAAUGCGCUGUAAGAACAAGCCUGUUAAGACACUUUGUCCUGUUUCCCAGGCUCAGCUGACUUACAGUUCAUGGGGGCUGGCUUCUGAGAAGGCUGUGGCGGUGUGGCGGUUCCUCCUGAAUAGGCCAAGAAACUGUUCUCGACGCUGCCAGUUCUCAGCUUUGCUUUGUCGGGUGCUUUUCACCUUUGAAGUGAACAUGGAGACGGUGGGGAUUGGCGCCGCGGAAAGCCGGCCUAAGCAGUCUCCCCGUGAGCCAGUUAGGACUUCAUCCCUGUGGAAUGCCACCAAAUUUUACCCUCUAAAAGCAACAGCAUGUAAACUAGAAGGAAAGAAGGAAAUGAUGCAUGUAUGCCUAUUAUUCUUUUGUGAAUGUCUUUCAUUUACCUAAAGUUAUA